AUGGACGCGUCAAAAGCGGCGCAGGUCCUGCGCAAGAUUGAAGACCUCAACGAGAACCACGAAAUCUCAAUCAUCAAGCUCAGCGAACCAAUAUCCAGCGCGGGCACGCAAGAAUCACGACAACGAACCUCGGAUGCAUCAAACGCCUCGCAGGAUGGGACGACGCCAGACAGCCUCGACGCCGACCUGGCGCACUACAAGGAGCUCUUCGCCAAGCUGCGCUUCUCCUACGUCGAGCAGGUCACCAAAGAAAAGUUCAUCCGCGCCAUCGUCGGCGACCCGCCCGUGAUUGUCACGCCGCAGGAGAACCUCGAGCUGGAGAAGGCGAACCUUGAGGCCAAGGCGCAGCUCAAGGCGCUCAAGGUGGAGGUGGCGGACAUGGUGACGGAGCUGGAGAAGAAGGGCAAGGAGCUCGCGAAACGGUACGAGAGCGUGCAGCUGGACACGGCGAAGCUCAAGGAGCUACCGGACAAGAUCCUCGAGUUGGAGGAAAAGGUCGCGGAGUUGAAGGAGUCGCAGGCGCCGGGGCAGAGUCCGCAGAUGAACCUGCCGUUGGCCAAGACGCUCGAGUUGGUGGACGAUAAGAAGAGGCAGCAGCAGCAGCUGGACCGCGAGCUGGAGCAGUUGCAGGCUAAGGUGCCGAGGAAGAGAAAGGAGAUGGAGAGAUUGCAGGCGGAGUUGCAACCACUAGAGGCCAAGAGGCAGAAUAGCAAGGCCGCGGCGAAAGAGGCGCGGAGGAGAAAAGAGGGCGCGGGCGGUGAUGAAGACGACCUCGAGGAGCGGGGGCGGUGGUUGAGAGCCAGCGAGGCAGCACUCAAGCAGAUGCUGGAUAUUCAGGGUCGCCUGCAGCGAAGGGUACCUCCUCGUUUGGUAAGAGACACAACAAGACGCACGUUCUGUGCCGUCGCUGCGAAGCACACCUGCUCUUCCUGCGGUUACCCCUCGGCCAAGACCCGCAAGUACAACUGGUCCGAGAAGGCCAAGCGCAGAAAGACCAACGGUACCGGCCGCAUGCGCUACAUGAAGGACGUCUCCCGCCGCUUCAAGAACGGCUUCCAGACCGGCGUCCCCAAGGGCUCUACCGUCCCCGCCUCGGCUUAA